AUGGAAAAUGCAGUAGCAGAAAAGAGUAUCCCUCUCCUCGCUCCCUACAAGAUGGGACUAUUCAAUCUUUCCCACAGGGUUGUUCUGGCACCAUUGACGAGACAGAGAUCAUACGGAAACGUUCCUCAGCCUCACGCUGUCUUGUACUACUCUCCGAGAACGAGUCCAGGAGGGCUUCUCAUCGCUGAAGCUACUGGAGUUUCAGAUACAGCUCAAGGCUAUCAAGAUACUCCUGGGAUAUGGACUAAAGGUCAUGUGGAGGCAUGGAAGCCAAUUGUGGAAGCCGUUCAUGCCAAAGGUGGUGUCUUCUUCUGUCAAAUCUGGCAUGUCGGCCGUGUUUCUAAUCGAGGUUUUCAACCAAAUGGGCAAGCUCCCAUCUCUUGUUCCGACAAGCCAUUGAUGCCUCAAAUCCGCUCUAAUGGCAUUGAUGAAGCCAUGUUUUCCCCUCCAAGACGGCUAAGUACUGAAGAAGUCCCCAGCAUUGUAGAUGGAAUGCGAGUGGAUGGGGUCCAUGGAUGCAUGCGUCCUCAAUGA